UUGGACGUAAAUGCGCUUUGGAGACAUGGAUGGACUCUCAGUCUGAGACGAAGGAUCAUUUUUCUCCUUAACCCUUUCUGCUCCGACUGCGGCCAAACAAUUGAGACGAAGAUGAUGCGUCAGGUGACCACGUCCGACUUCUGCCGGCCCUCGUGCCUCGCCGAGGACCACGCCGCGCACUUUGACCUUUGCACCCAGGCCAGCAAGUUCUACCCCCCUCCUCCCCCCACGUCGCUCCAGAUGACCCUGGCGCCCAUGUCCCUCCCGACGCAGAGCUCGCACAAGACGCUCGUGUGUCCCAGGCAGGACCUCCUGAUGCCGGACUCCCUCAACCCGGCGGGCAAGCUCGCCACGAUCAAACCCAGCGAGCAGGCGCCGGACGACCCCAAGAAGAAGAACAAGGCCACCGGCAAGUCGGGACGUCGAGGGAGGCCGCUGGGCACCACGAAGCUGGCGGGAUACCGGACCAGCACCGGCAGACCUCUGGGGACCACCCGAGCCGCCGGGUUUAAGACCAGCCCGGGCAGACCUCUGGGGACCACGCGAGCCGCCGGGUACAAGGUCAGCCCCGGGAGACCCCCGGGCAGCAUCAAGGGACUGUCCCGACUCAACAAACUGUCCGCCUACAGCACGUCCUGCAGCGGGGCGGCGUUCCCGUACCCGCUCCCUCACCCCAAAGAGUUACUCUGUGAGGUCCCGGGACACAAGGAUCUGCUGUGCGACGUGUCCCCUCAUAAAGAUCUACUGUGUGACGUCCAGGGACACAAGGACCUGCUGUGCGACGUGUCCCCGCACAAAGAGGUGCUGUGUCAGGCGUCCUGUAAAGAGAAGGGCCCCGCGGAGUGACCAGCAGGGGGCGCCGCAGACCAACAGACUUUUUACAAACUCUGGACUUUUCUAAUAGUUGUGUGUAUGCCUGCUCCUGUAUAAACGGUUUACUCACAGUGAAGACGUGACGCACUCACCAAACGGUAAGAAUAAUGGACAGAGGGACGAGGGAGGCGC